UAUCUCACUCUCUGACUUCUGAAAGGAGGCACUGGAACUCCGACCAUUACUCGCCACCGCACCGGAACUCCUUCGCAAAACCACCGUUAAGUGAACUUUGGGACUUGUCUAUGGAUGCUCAAAUACUUCAAGAUCAAAUACUCCGUAUAAUUCGUGUUGUGCGAGCUAGACAAUUGCAAGCCGCUGGACUAAUUUGCUUAUUGCUAGCUUUCAUUACACAACAUAGAUUGUCUACAAAAAAACAUGCCAAUAUACCUACUAGAGAUGUAAUUUUACAACGACGAUAUGUACGAGAAGAGAUGUUACGUGACCUUUCAGAUAGUGGUAAAUGUCGUGAACUUAUUCGUAUGAGUGAGAGAGCUUAUAUGACAUUGUGCAAUAUCUUAAAGCAUGAUGGUGGUCUUCAAGCUACUCAACGAAUGUCCGUUGAAGAGCAAGUUGCAAGAUUUUUGCAUAUUGUAGGUAAUGACAUGAGAAAUAGGUUAGCCUCUUGGAUAUACUGUCGUUCUAGAUCAACAACCAGUCGGUGCUUCCAUAGAGUUCUGCGAGCGAUUUUAUCGUUAGAAAGUCAUUAUCAGGUGCACAAGCUGAAACUGCUAAAGAAAGAAAUGCCCGGUUGCAGAAGGAUGAUGGCAUUAACACAAAAACACCUCCAGAACUGGAUGAAUUCUUAGUUGCCAAUGAUGUAACUCUAGAGAGCCAAUACAAUCUUGAUGAUGAUGUACAUGUGGUUGAUCUUACGUCUUCUCUACCCGAGCAGUCUUCUAGUGCAAAGAAAUAUAAGAGUAGAAAAAGAAAAGUCGAACAAGUAGAUGGUGAUUUUACCUCAAUGAUUAUGAAUGGUGUUGGCAGCAUAGCUAAUGCUAUUGCUGAAGGUAAUAAAAUUAUUCAGGAAAGCAAUAAAAUACUUGAAAGAGUUCAUCAUCGCGAGUAAACAGGUGAUGAAAUUAUUAAAGAAUUGGAACCGAUGGGUUUGGAACCUCAAGAAAUACCACUGGCUUUCAAUUAUUUGGUGGAGAAUCAAGCUAAAGAGAGAUCAUUAUUUAGUUGUUCUCCUAAUAUACGGUUGAGUUUGCUGAGAGGUAUGAUGGGUUUAGGUAAUUAAGGACUCAAUGGUGCAUUUUUCUAGUAAAGUUUUUCGUGUUUGAUAACUUAGUACGUUUAUGACCUUUUUAUUUGUUUCUUGUUUAUUUGACCUUAUUUGGUAAAUUUUUUCUUGUUUGAGAUC